UGACCCGUGGCCUCCCCUCUCCCUCGGCAGAGAUGUACCAGUUCAGCGUGCCGGAGAGCACCCCGGUGGGCAUGGUGGUCGGGAGAGUGAAGGCGGAGGACUCGGACGUGGGGGAGAACACAGACAUGACCUACCAGCUCAGACAGGAGGGGGUGCAGCUGUUUAAAGUCACCACAGACAGCAACACCCAGGAGGCGAUCCUCACGGUGCAGAAGCCCCUGGACUACGAGGCCCAGGCGUUCCACACGGUGGUGGUGGAGGCCCUGAACAAGUUCGUGGACCCACGGUUCGUGGACCUGGGCACGUUCCGAGACCAGACCAUCGUGCGGGUCUCUGUGCUGGACGUGGACGAACCCCCGGAGUUCCGGCCUCCCUCCCAGCUCAUGGAAGUGCAGGAGGAUGCCGGCGUUGGCUCCGUGGUGGGCGUGGUCACGGCGCUGGACCCCGACGCUGCAAACAGCCCUGUCCGGUACGCCAUCGAUCGCAGCACCGACCUGGAGAGGAUCUUUGACGUUGAUGCUGACACAGGUGCCAUCGUGACAGGCCAGGCCCUGGACCGGGAGACGGCAGGGUGGCACAACAUCACGGUGCUGGCCAUGGAAGCAGGGGCCAGGAGCAUUCCCGGGCCAGGCUCUCUCCCGGCGGCUGGCAGGAAGCCCGCGAAUUUCUCCCGGUAAGUUGGGUGGUGUCGCUGCUUGGGAGGCGCCGGGUCCUGGUGCCUUCUGAGCGUGCGGGGGUGACGGACGGUUGUCGAGGGCGCGGGCGAGGGAGACACGGCGGGAUUUGCCCUGUCGUUCGCAAGGAGCUUGGGGCCGAUGAUUUUCUCCGGGUUUUGUGGAUGUUUCCUGCCCUCGGCGAAUUCCCUUCCCUGCUGUUGGGCCAGCUCUGCCCUCGCCCUGCCCAGCGCUUCCCAGGGGAGGACACCGACGUUACAAAAGCUGCUCUUCAAAAGGCGGAAGAGCCAGCAGGGAAGCAGAAGGCCAAGCGGCCCGUUAGCGUCUGUGGAGUCUGAGCUCCUCGCCAGGGCGGCUGGCGGGAGAG